AUGAGAAAACAAGCUGUAACUUCUAACGGUAUUAGUGGUGGUAAUAGUGGUAAUAAUGGCAGUGGUGGACGAUCAUCAUCUAAACAACAACAACAACAACAAUCAACGACAUUUAAAUCAUCAUCACCUAAUAAUAAUAAUCAAAAUAAUCAUCAAAAUAAUUAUAAUAAUCAAAAUCAAAAUCAAACAGAUCAAGAAGAAGAAUUUUCAGAAGUUUGUUCAGAAAUUGAAAAAUUAUUAUCUGAAAUUAAUAAGGCAACACUUUCUAUACAAAAAUCUACUAAUACUAUAUUAGGAACAAUUAAAGAUACACAUGAACAUAGAGAAUCACUUUCAGUUAUAAUUAAAAAAUCUUCACAAAAAGUUGAAAAUUUAUCAAAUUUAAUUAUAAAAUUAGAACAUUAUGAAAAAUUAUUUAAAAAUUUAAAUUUACAAAAAAAGAAAAUUGAAAAAUUAAAAAAUCAAAUGGAUCAAAUUUUACAAGAAUAUAAAAAACAAACAACAAAUUGUUUAAAAGUACAAAAAGAAACUUUACAACAAUUUCAAAAAAAUCAAGAAUAUUUAAAAUAUCAAUCAAGUGAAAAUUCAUCUUUAUUAAAUAAUUCCUAUAAUGGAAAUAAAUAUCAAUUACAAGAUGAACAAUUAGAUAAUGAAAUUGAAUUUAAUACAAAAAUAUUAAUUGAAAGAGAAAAAGAUAUAAUUGAAGUUGAAAAUUCAAUUAGAGAAAUUAAUGGAAUUUUUAAAGAAUUACAUUUUUUAACAAUUCAACAAGGUGAAGAUUUAGAUUUAAUUGAAGAUCGAAUUGAAGAAACUUCUUAUAGAAUUGAACAAGGAAAGGAAAAUAUUGUAAAGGCUGAAAAACAUUCAAAAAUUGGUAGAAAUUUAUUUUGUAUUUUAUUAUUAAUAUUUUUAGCUUUGGGUGCUGCCAUUGCAAUUGUUUUGAUUGUUUUAAAAGUUGUUGGAAUUAUUUAA